UUUUACGAAAACUACGGUCGCGUGAAGCUGACAGUUGUACAAAGACUCGAUCCAUGUUUGGCUUAUUAAUCGUCUUUUCAAUGACUAACAAGAAACUGAGUGUAACGUAGGAGCGGACAGGUAGCUUGUUGCGCAGCUCUCAGGUCAGCUGGUAGCUCAGCGACCACAGAUGGGAGCGAGUUUGUGGAAUCAUUCGUGUUGACAGCGGCACUAAACCACCAUGGGAGGUACAAUAUACGACCAGAAGCAGUCUGACAUUGUCCAGGAAUGUACGAACCGAGUACACACUUUGUAACUGGGACUAUCUGAAGAAGCUGAAGUUGGGGAGUUUUUACGCCGCCGCUGCUGCUCUUCCACUCUCCCGUCGCGGGACACCCGAAGCCACUCCGCUCAGCGGCUGGUUGAAUCCAGAGUUUCGCUAUUUCUGACAUUUUCUUUCGGGCACUCGACGAUUAGAGACAAUAAAUGAUGAAGUUUAAGCCCAACCAGACCAGGACGUACGACGGCGAAGGGUUCAAGAGGAGGGCGGCGUGUUUGUGUUUUAAAAACGACAAGGAGGACGAGGUGCUACUGGUGAGCAGCAGUCGUCAUCCAGACCAAUGGAUCGUGCCAGGAGGAGGAAUGGAGCCUGAGGAGGAGCCCUGUGGGGCCGCCGUCAGGGAGGUGUACGAAGAGGUUGGAGCCCACUGCUCUAGGAUACAUGCUGGUGUGAAGGGAAAGCUUGGCAGACUACUCGGGAUUUUUGAGCAAAAUAAAGACAGAAAGCACAGGACGUACGUCUACACCCUCAUAGUGACGGAGACACUGGAAGACUGGGAGGAUUCUGUUAACAUUGGAAGGAAGAGGAAGUGGUUCAAUGUUGACGAUGCCAUCAGGGUGCUGCAGAGCCACAAGCCUGUUCACGCAGAGUACCUAUGCAGGCUCACAAACACCUAUAACCCCGCCUGCAAUCCUGUGUGUAGCCCAUCUCACAGCAACGCCCCGAGCUCCCAAGUGAUGCACCACAACACGCCUCACUAUGUGUUUUGCUCCACACAGGGCUCAGAUGUAGCCAAUAGAUAGGGCAAGCGGCUCGACACCGGGAUAAAAGAAAGACUUUUGCAUUACUAACGCAGCCUCUUAAUGUGUACAGCAUGGACUUCCUUUAAGUUGAUUUGAAACCCAUUUUAAGGGAGUGCCAACAUUUUUAAGUUUUAUAUGUAUAUUUUUUAACAACCAUUACCAGGUGAUAAAUCAAAUGUGUCCCUUUUAAAGUGUUCAGCUUUAAAUGGAUUUUUUCAGUGUGCUCCUUAUCCAAUGUGAAGGUUCAGUUUAGUCUUCAUUGCAGAAUAUUUUACUAGCAGUGCACACAAGUGUUUGGGUGGUUUCCUGGGAAGUGUUUGCUUUUAGAGAAAGUUACAUCCCCACAAUGACUCAGUGGCAAAUAAUGCCCUUAUUUACUACAAAUCAGUUUUUUGUGUGAAUUGUUAUGACACAUUUUGGAAGUAAAACAAAUGUCACCUCACUAUAACUUAACUUGUGACGUAUUUGACGAAAAGAGAGCCAAUGGCAAAGUCUGUUUUUUAUACAGGAGUGAACAACACUGCUCCUCCUGUAAUUACCAUCUUACAAGUACACCCAGUAUCAUCUCCAAGCACUACUAAUUGAGUAACACUGUAAUAAAGAUUAGGCAAAUAUCUGCAAACCAGCCAUCAUACUAAAAUGGAGACCUGAACCGUUCUUGCUCAAAGAUCCUUUUGUUGGUACAUAAUGUUAAUAUUGUAACACUGACUGUUGCAUUGAACAAAUUACUGCAUAUUGGUACAGUUAGAUAAAUAUCAGCUUUUAUAUAGUGGAACAGAACUGCAGUCGGCAUCAUCAAAACUCACAAAUGUGCCAAAGAAAGACAGUAUUCAACACUACAGACUGUAUCAUACAAGGAAUAAGACACUUAUUAUAAGUGCAUUUGACAAAUGUGAAGUCCUGUUAGUGUCUGACAGGCCUUGGUUUUAGAGGAGAAAAACAAUGUGCUUUAGUCUGAUUCUUCAGAGUGCCUUCACCAACAAAGUAUAGUACUGUAGUACAUUGGGUUUAGUUCUAGAUACUUCAAACCCAACAGCACUGACUGGAAGCAGUACAACACAGUACCAUACCCUUAUAUUUCUCAGCUGUUGUUAGAUUUAAACACAAGGAUGUUGGAGAAGGAAACUUGCAAUUGUUACAAUUGAAUGUACAGUACUUAGUAUGCAUUGAUUUAAUUUAUUUAUUUAGGUUUUAAUAGGGAACUACUCCCUCCAUGAAUAGGAAACUAUGACAG